AUGGAAUCACUCCCCGGUGUUCCCCCUCCCCCCCCCGUCCCGGUCUUCGGUAGUGCAGUCUACAGAGGAACUGUCCCCCAGUCCGCGACGCCGGCCAACGCGGCUGCAGGUGGCAAGCGGAGCUGUCCAGCACCAGUGCGGAGCCGGCGGGAGCCCCGGGCCCCGCGCGCCCAGCCCGCUGACGCUCAGCAACAGGGCUCUCGCCCAGCAGAUGCUGUCCUCGUUCGCUGCCUCCCGGCCCUGGGCUCGCUGCGAGCCCACGCGGCCUCGACCCAGGCGAACGCUCAGCCGCACGAGCUGCUCCAGCAGGAUGGGCGCGAACACGUUGCCCCUUCCCUUCCCUUCCCUUCCGCCGCCCCGGCCCCGGCCGCCGCCGCCGCCGCCGCCGCCACGGCCGGGGCCAGGAGGGCGCCGCGCCGGAGGCGGGUCAACCUGGACUCGCUGGGCGAGAGCAUCAGCCGCCUGACGGCGCCCUCGCCUCAGACGAUACAGCAGACUCUCAAGAGGACCCUGCAGUAUUACGAGCACCAAGUUAUUGGUUACAGGGAUGCAGAAAGGAAUUUCCACAACAUCUCCAACAGAUGCUCCUAUGCAGACCAUUCCAACAAAGAGGAAAUUGAAGACGUCUCAGGAAUUCUUCAGUGCGCUGCUAAUGUACUCGGUUUGAAGUUUGAGGAAAUCCAAGAAAGAUUUGGCGAGGAGUUCUUUAAUGUAUGCUUUGAUGAGAAUGAGAGAGUCCUUCGAGCUGUGGGCGGCACCUUGCAGGACUUUUUCAAUGGCUUUGAUGCUUUGUUGGAACACAUUAGAACUUCUUUCGGAAAACAGGCCACUCUGGAGUCGCCAUCAUUCCUAUGCAAAGAGCUCCCUGAAGGCACUCUGAUGCUCCACUAUUUCCACCCGCACCAUACCGUGGGGUUCGCAGUGCUCGGGAUGGUUAAGGCUGCAGCCAAGAAGAUCUACCGGCUGGACGUGGCGGUGGAGCAAGUUGCCGGUGAGAAGCUGGGCUCUGAGGCUUCGAACCCGGGCAACUGUGGCUGUCUUACCUUCCUUAUCAAAGAAUGUGAAAACACCACCAUCACGAAGAACCUUCCCCAGGGCACCUCCCAAGUUCCCGCGGACCUCAGAAUCAGCAUCAGCACCUUCUGCAGAGCCUUCCCUUUCCACCUGAUGUUCGACCCCCACAUGUCCGUCCUUCAGCUAGGGGAAGGCCUGCGGAAGCAGCUUCGAUGUGAUGCUCACAAAGUGCUCAAGUUCCAGGACUGCUUCGAGAUCGUGUCUCCAAGGGUUCAUGCCGCCUUCGAGAGGGUCCUGCUGCGCCUGUCCACCCCAUUCGUGAUCAGGACCAAGCCCGAGGCUUCUGGCACUGAAAACAAAGACAAGGUGAUGGAAGUCAAAGGACAGAUGAUCCAUGUCCCAGAAUCAAAUUCCAUCUUAUUCCUGGGCUCUCCGUGCGUGGACAAGUUGGACGAACUCAUGGGCCGAGGGCUGCAUCUCUCGGACAUCCCGAUCCAUGAUGCCACCCGAGACGUCAUUCUGGUUGGUGAGCAGGCAAAGGCACAGGAUGGCUUGAAGAAGAGGAUGGAUAAAUUAAAGGCAACUUUGGAAAGAACUCACCAGGCCCUGGAAGAAGAAAAAAAGAAAACAGUCGAUCUUCUGUAUUCUAUUUUCCCCGGUGACGUCGCCCAGCUGUUGUGGCAAGGACAGCAGGUGCAGGCCAGGAAGUUUGACGACGUCACCAUGCUCUUCUCGGACAUUGUUGGAUUCACAGCCAUCUGUGCUCAGUGCACCCCCAUGCAGGUGAUCAGCAUGCUGAAUGAACUGUACACCAGGUUUGACCACCAGUGUGGAUUUUUGGAUAUUUAUAAGGUGGAAACAAUAGGCGAUGCGUACUGUGUUGCUGCAGGACUCCAUAGGAAAAGCCUCUGCCAUGCUAAGCCCAUUGCUCUGAUGGCACUCAAGAUGAUGGAACUUUCAGAAGAGGUGCUGACACCUGAUGGAAGACCAUUUCAGAUGAGGAUAGGCAUUCACUCGGGUUCCGUGCUCGCUGGAGUUGUUGGGGUGAGAAUGCCACGAUAUUGCCUGUUUGGAAAUAAUGUCACUCUGGCAAGCAAAUUCGAAUCAGGAAGUCACCCUCGGCGCAUCAAUGUCAGCCCGACCACUUACCAAUUAUUAAAACGGGAAGAAAGUUUCACAUUUAUUCCUCGGUCCCGUGAAGAGCUUCCAGAUAACUUUCCAAAGGAAAUCCCUGGGAUCUGCUAUUUCCUGGAGGUAAGGACUGGUCCUAAGCAGCCAAAGCCUUCUCUUUCUUCCUCGAGGAUAAAAAAAGUUUCCUACAACAUUGGCACCAUGUUCCUCCGGGAGACAAGCCUCUGAGACCUACCGCAGAUCAAAGACU